ACACUAAUCCAUGGAAAUGACAUAACCACAUAACCCUAGUUUUUUAAUAAUUUCAGAAAUAUUAAAAAUAUUUAGCAAAAAUGUUUAGGAAUACUCUUCGAAUUAUUCUGAAUACCAAGACCAAGAAUAUCCAAAUUAUAAAUAAAGCCAAUUUAAAAACUACAGCUGAAUUAAAACAAAAAUGGGACUUGCUUACCGCAGUCCUAAUUGAGAGGAAGCCCGUUAUAAUUCCUGAAUUAAACGAAUUAGAAAAAGCCUUUCAGGAUUAUAUCGGGGCUGUUGAAUUCGAGAGGAGUUUGAAAAAUGAUUUUGAAAUUAGGCUAGAAAAGGAAAAAAACUCGAAAACACAAGAUGUAACGGAUGUUGAUAUAGUGGUAAAACAGAGUGCUCAGGACUUUCUUGACUCAUGUAAAGAGGAAUUGGCAAAAUUUACACCAGCUGAUAAGAAAACGAGUGCAGAUAGAAGUAACGAUAUUAAAUCACUUAAAAGAAAACUGGAUAAACAUUUAGUCUUGGUAUUAAAACAAAAAGUGGGUAGUCAAGAUUUUUUUAUAUUGCCUCAAGGUGAACGGGAGGAUGGUGAAACUUUACGACAGUGUGCUGAGAGAGUUUUAAAAGAAAAAUGUGGUAGUGACAUUAAAGCUCAUAUAUAUGGAAAUAUUCCUUGUGGUUUUUACAAGUAUUUGUAUCCACAUGAUGUAAGAAAAGAGAGAAAUAGUCUAGGAGCAAAAAUUUUUAUAUAUUUUGCUAGAUAUAAAUCUGGUCAAAUAUCUGAUAAGAAAAGUGAAUAUCAGUGGUUAGAUAAAUCGGAACUAGAUGGAGUGCUUCCUGAACCGUACAAAAAAACUCUGCUGCCAAUACUAUUUGAUUAAGUUUAACUAAAUUAUAAGUACAAAUAAAACGUUGUUUAGUUUG